CACAACUUUUAUGGUCCCAAUCACGAUGCAGUGUGAAAUUACGGAGUAAUAUAAACCCCCAAUAAUCAAAACUAAGCACACCAAAUAUGAACACGUUCAUUGAAAGUCCUAACCAAAUUUCUCUCUCCUAAAACAUGUGUUCUCACUUCUAAGCUCCUCUGUGUCUGAAACAGAGUACCCAAAAACAGAGCAAAGAAACUACCCAAAUCCAUUUACAAAAUGACAAAUCAACCCUUUUCACACACCAAAUUCCUCCUCCUUUUCUCCACACUCCUACCCUUUUUGGUAAUUUCACAAUCUCCUCCUUCAGACCAAGAAAUCCUGUUGCAAAUCAAGCAGGAAUGGGGUAAUCAAUCACAAAUACAAUCAUGGAAUUCCACCACCUCCCACUGUCAAUGGGUUGGAAUCAAUUGUACCGGUGGCGAAAGCGUCACCGGUAUCUCCCUCAAUAGCCUAAACAUCGAAGUUGAAAUCCCAUCAUCCAUUUGUCAUCUCAAGAAUCUCACAUACCUUGAUCUUGGAAACAAUAGAAUUCCAGGUAAUUUCCCUACAUUUCUAUACAAUUGUACAAAGCUCCAAACUUUAGACCUAUCUGCAAACUACUUUGUUGGGGAAUUACCAAAUGAUAUAGAUAACCUUUCCCUUGAUCUCCAACUCCUUAAUCUUAGUCUAAACAACUUCACUGGUAAUAUCCCAACCUCAUUAGGUAGAGUUAAAGGGUUAAUCACCUUGCAUUUAGACAGCAAUUUGUUUAAUGGCACAUUCCCUUCUGAGUUGGGUGACUUGGAAAAUCUUGAGACAUUGGUGUUAGCUUACAACCCUUUUACCCCUACGAAAUUACCUGAAAAUUUUGGGAAGCUUAAGAAUUUGAAGUUUCUUUGGAUGACUCAAUGCAAUUUGAUUGGCGAAAUCCCAAAAAGUUUCGCUGAUCUUGCUAGCCUUGAGCAUCUAGACUUGGUUGACAAUAGUUUGGAGGGUGGAAUUCCAAGUGGGUUGUUCUUACUCAAGAACUUGGAAUUUUUGUACUUGUACCAAAAUUUGCUAUCAGGGGGAUUACCAACCUCAAUUGAAGCCUUGAAUUUGGUGGAAUUGGACAUUUCGCAGAACAAUAUGACAGGAAUUAUCCCUGAUGAUAUUGGAAAACUGCAAAAUUUAACGAUUUUGAAAUUGUUUCAGAACCAAUUCCAUGGAACUUUACCACCAAGUAUAAGUCAACUUCCUUCUUUAACCCAGGUGAGGGUGUUUAAGAACCGGCUUUCUGGUACACUUCCCCCAGAAAUGGGGUUACACUCGAAACUCGAUAGUUUUGAGGUGUCAGAAAAUGCAUUCACCGGUCAAUUACCGGAGAAUCUUUGUCUGAACGGGAAAUUGAGGGGUGUUGUGGCAUUCAACAACUAUCUGAAUGGGACAAUCCCAAGCUCUCUUGGCCAAUGCAAGUCCCUGCUCGUAGUUGAAGUCUACAACAACAGCUUGUCAGGUGAAGUUCCUGAAGGGUUAUGGACUUCGGAGAAGAUGAUGUUCAUGCAACUUAGCAACAACCAAUUUUCAGGCCAACUUCCCGAGAUGACGGCUGAGAACUUAAGUCUUGUGGAAUUGAGCAACAACAAGUUUUCUGGAAAGAUUCCAGAAAGUAUAAAGACUUGGAGGAAUUUGCAGGUGUUUAAAGCUAGCAACAACAUGAUCACAGGUACUGUUCCAUUGGAACUAACAACCCUAUCACAACUGAACACUCUGUUGCUUGAUGGGAAUCAACUCUCAGGUGAGCUUCCCUCUGAAAUAAUCUCAUGGGAGAGGCUAAACAGCUUAGAUCUCUCUCAUAACGAUAUUUCUGGUUCGAUUCCUUCUGUUUUCGGGUCUUUGCCUGUACUUACUUCUCUUGAUUUGUCUAAUAAUCAAUUUUCUGGCCAAAUUCCACCUGAAUUGGGCCAAAUAAAAGCUCCUUCACUUAAUUUUUCCUCAAAUCAACUCACUGGGGAAAUCCCAUUUGGAAUUGAUAACAGUGCAUACCAGGCUAGUUUCUUGAACACCCACUUAUGCUCUGAUACCGGAUUCUUAGACCUCCCAAAAUGCUCAAUUCGUCAAAGAAACCCGAAUUUGUCUUCCAAAUAUCUUGCUUUGAUCAUAGUCCUUGCAUUGGUUGCCUUAGUGGUAACUUUAUACUACAUGGUGUUCAUAAUCAGAGAAAUCCGGCAAAGAAAGAAUAGGCAAGAUCUAGAUACAUGGAAACUGACCUCUUUCCACAAGCUACAUUUCACAGAAGAGAAAAUCCUUGCUAACUUAACUGAGAAAAAUAUGAUCGGGUCAGGAGGAUCUGGUAAAGUUUACUGGAUCCCCAUUAACCAAUCAGGUGAUGCCGUUGCGGUAAAGAGGAUAUGGAGCAACAAAAAAAUGAGCAGUCAUCUGGAGAAAGAGUUCCUUGCUGAGGUCCAGAUUCUGGGUACCAUAAGGCAUCUCAACAUAGUGAAGUUACUUUGCUGUAUUUCUAGUGAAAACUCGAAAAUGCUUGUGUAUGAGUACAUGGAGAAACAAAGCCUGGAUAAAUGGAUCCAUGAGGGUAAAAGGGAAACUAUUUCAUCAAUGAGUGGGUCGAUUCAUUAUCCGGUUCUGGACUGGCCUGCUAGAUUGAAGAUUGCUAUUGAUUCUGCUCAAGGAUUAAGCUACAUGCAUAAUGAUUGUUCACCUCCUAUAAUUCAUAGGGAUGUGAAAUCCAGUAAUAUUUUGCUGGAUUCUGAAUUCAAUGCAAAGAUUGCUGAUUUUGGGUUAGCAAAGAUUUUGGCUAAGCCAGGUGGAGAGCCUUACACAGUGUCUGCUGUUGCUGGAUCUUUUGGUUACAUGGCUCCAGAAUAUUGCCACACAACAAAGGUGAAUGAGAAGAUAGACAUCUACAGCUUCGGAGUAGUUCUACUUGAGCUAGUAACAGGGAAGGAGCCACACAUAGGAGAUGAACACACAAAUCUUGCAGAAUGGGCAUUGAGGCAUUACAACGAGGGAAAUCCAAUAAAAGAUGUCCUUGAUAAGGAAGUGCAGGAGCCUUGUUAUUUGGAAGAGAUGACCAAUGUGUUCAAGAUAGGGUUGAUGUGCACCAGUGCAUUACCUAUUUAUAGGCCAACAAUGAAGGAGGUUUUGCAAAUGCUUCAACGACGUAGCAUUUUAGAAGGUUCUGGAGGAGCAAAGACAAAGAAUGACCGAGAUGUUUCCCCUCUUCUCGGGGGUGAAAACUAUAUCUCUAGUUGUAAGAAUAGCAAGAGGAUAGUAGAAGAAGAUGUCUACAGCAUGGUUUGAGUUAGUACCCAUGACAGGUGUCUGUUGUGUUUAUGUAAGAUAAUAGGAACUAAUUUUAAUAAGAACUAGGUAACUGAAUAUGAUGUAAAUGAAAGUAUAUAUAUUUUCUUACCACAAAAGACGGGAAGAAGAAGCUGGAGGAUGAUCAAACUUCGGAAGGGCAUACUUGAAUUCACAACCAAACUACCAAUUGAACUAUGGCAUCAGCUAAGAGGUUUGUAUCAAUUGUAUGAGCCCCUUCACACAAAAGGUUUGCCACUGGAAACUGGUCGAGGAACAUCCUGCAGCUAUACACCAAUGAAGUUAGUCUUGUUUAAACUGGACCCUGGAUCCUGAAUACAUGAAUAUAAGUUGAGAAGAUUAACCCACAUGUAAGUUGAGACUAAUUGUCCCACGUGGAAGAAAUAAAGGGAGAUUGAUUAACAUAUAAGAUUGGUGGGCUACUCCACCUAUCACCACUUGGUUUUAGGAUGGAACCCCGUUGGUGUAAAGUACCGUAAAAAGAUCAAAACAAUUUGGUAUCUUCUUGUUUCAGA